UGACAACACACACUUGCAAGGACGCUUAAGUUCGACAGGUACCACGAGGUCUGACAUCGGAUUGUCAGGAAAGGUGUCGACGUAGGGGAUGGAGUGUCGGGAGUUACCGCUGGAUGGCGGCUGGAAGCCCAGGAAGUAGGGUGCCAACAUGGCCGCUUCCAGGGGAAACCCUGCACCUUCUCCCUGGCCCCCGCUCUUCCUCGUCCUGCUUAUUGCAUCCCCGGGAACCCUCCAUGCCCGACCCCUCCUCCUACACUCGUCCAUCAACGUGGCGGUGGUGUUCAGCGGCUCCAGCUACCAAAGCGAGGUGCGAGGCCGGCUGAGCGGUGAGAACUUUGUAGACCUGCCUGUGGUGGUGAGCCCCGUGACGGUGCUGGUCAACGACACUAACCCGCGUGACCUGCUCACGCGCCUCUGUGACACCAUGGCGACGGAGAGGCUGCACGGCGUGGUGUUUGAGGACGACGUCGGAUCGGGUGCCAGUGCACAGGUGGCUGAGGUGGCGCAAAUCCUGGACUUCCUAUCAACGCAGACGGCUUUGCCCAUCGUGGGCGUCAGCGGCGGCUCAGCGGUGGUCAUCCCAUACAAGACGGAGGGAUCGUCAUUCCUGCAGAUGGGAGCGUCUCUGGAGCAGCAGAUCCUCUGCAUGUUCAAGAUCAUGGAGGAGUACGACUGGGGUCAGUUUGCCAUCAUCACCAGCCUGCUGCCGGGGUACGACACCUUCGUGGACAUCGUUCAGUCGUACACAGACACAUCCUACUUCAUGUGGGACCUCCAGGACGUCCUGACCAUGGAGAUGUCUGUCGGGGCCAACGAUGUGAGGACCAGGCGCAUUCUGCAGCAGGUGGACUCCCAGGUGCUGCUGGUAUACUGCUCUUUCGAGGAGGCGCACUUCCUGUUCCGCCAGGCAUUCGAGGUGGGCCUGGUGGGACCGGGCUACAUCUGGAUCCUGCCCAGCUCGGCUGUGGGCAACCCCGAGGUGCCGCCACCUGCCAGCUUCCCCGUGGGCGUCAUCGGCGUCAUCACAGAACAGUGGCGCAAGAGCUUGCGGCAGCGGGUGCGCGAGGGCGUCGCCAUCGUGGCCAAGGGCGCAGAGAGCUUCAGGAAGCAGCGUGGCUUCAUCCCCGAGGGACACGGCGACUGCAGCAACCCCGCCAAGCACUCCGGCAACAACACGCUCUUCAGGCACAUGAUGAACGUGACGUGGGAAAGGAGAGACCUGUCGUUCAACAGCCGGGGCUUUCUCUCAAACCCCUCUAUGGUUGUCAUCGCCCUAGACCGAGAGAGAGUGUGGGACAAGGUGGGAACUUACGGCCGGGGUAUCCUGCAGGUGCGUUACCCCGUGUGGCCGCGCUAUGGCAACUUCCUGGAGCACGUGAUGGACAAUCGCCACCUGACCGUAGCCACGCUGGAGGAGCACCCCUUCGUUAUGGUGGAGAAUGUGGACCCCGGCACAGGCACGUGCGUCCGCAACACCGUGCCGUGCAGGCGCCAGUCAAAUCACUCCGAGAGCAUCAUCGGCCACUCAGAGUCUUACACCAAGCUCUGCUGCAAAGGCUUCUGCAUCGACAUCCUGAAGAAGCUCUCCCGCACCAUCAAAUUCUCCUAUGACCUCUACCUGGUCACCAACGGCAAGCACGGCAAGCUGGUGCGUGGCACUUGGAACGGAAUGAUCGGCGAGGUUGUGUACAGACGCGCAGACAUGGCCAUCGGCUCGCUCACCAUCAACGAGGAGCGAUCGGAGAUCAUCGAUUUCUCCGUGCCGUUCGUGGAGACGGGAAUCAGCGUCAUGGUCGCUCGCAGCAACGGCACCGUCUCCCCGUCCGCCUUUCUCGAGCCAUACAGUCCGGCCGUGUGGGUCAUGAUGUUCGUCAUGUGCUUGACGGUGGUGGCCGUGACGGUGUUCGUGUUCGAGUAUUUCAGUCCGGUCGGUUACAACCGCAGCCUGGUGAGCGCUAAAGCUCCGGGCGGCCCGACCUUCACCAUCGGCAAAUCAGUGUGGCUGCUAUGGGGCAUCGUGUUCAACAACUCAGUGCCCAUCGAAAACCCCAAGGGCACCACCAGCAAGAUCAUGGUGCUGAUCUGGGCCUUCUUCGCUGUCAUUUUCCUGGCCUCGUACACCGCCAACCUGGCCGCUUUCAUGAUCCAGGAGCAGUAUAUCGACACCGUGUCGGGACUCUCCGACAAGAAGUUCCAGAAGCCGCACGAGCAUUACCCCCCCUUCCGCUUCGGGACGGUCCCGAACGGCAGCACGGAGCGGAACAUCCGCAGCAACUAUCCCGACAUGCACACACACAUGAUGAAGUACAACCAAAAGGGGGUGGAAGAGGCGCUCAAAAGCCUAAAAACCGGAAAGCUGGACGCGUUCAUCUACGACGCGGCCGUGCUCAACUACAUGGCGGGCAAGGACGAAGGCUGCAAGCUAGUGACCAUCGGGAGCGGCAAAGUGUUCGCCACCACCGGCUACGGCAUCGCCCUGCAGAAGGACUCGCGCUGGAAGAGGCUCAUCGACCUGGCGCUGCUGCAGUUCCUCGGCGACGGUGACACGCAACGCCUGGAGACGGUGUGGCUCUCAGGAAUCUGCCAGAACGAGAAGAACGAGGUGAUGAGCAGCAAGCUGGAUAUCGACAACAUGGCUGGCGUCUUCUACAUGCUGCUGGUGGCCAUGGGCCUCAGCAUGCUGGUGUUCGCCUGGGAGCACCUGCUAUACUGGAAGCUACGCCACUCUCUCCACAAGUCGCACAACCUCGACUUCCUGUUGGCCAUCAGCCGGGGUAUCUACAGUUGCUUCAAGGGAGUGGAGGAUCAUGGCCGUUCCUCCGGUCUGGCCAAACCCGACUUGACAUCCAACUACGCCCAAGCCAACAUGCUAAAGAUGUUGCGUACCGCCAAGGACCUGGUCUCCACCGCCGAUGUGGAGAGCUCCCUUGACAACGCCACCAAGACGAUCGAGCACUUCAGCCGGCACGGCGGUGGCUUGCCAGUCCGCGUCCCACACGUCGCCGCCGAGACAGUACCGAGAGGUUUUGCGUAUGUCAUGGAGAACCAUGCAUCCUACCCGCAGCAAUCCCUCUCCCCGCAGAGAUGCGUGAGCAGGCCCACGCCGCUGCGCUACACACUCCCAACUCACUCUACUUCCUGUCUGUAUGAGCGCCCGCUUCCUAUCUCCAGCCUCAGCAGCCCACACCUGGCGGUCAGCGAGACGCUCGCCCUUCAGCAUCCCCGCCACUACCAGACCACUGGAAGACUCUAUGUGGAUGCCCACCCACACUCGAGGUUCAUCUCGUGCACCGACCUGCAGCUGCCUGAUAUCUACACCUCCCAUCCCAUGCCCCUGCCCCAAAACCAGAACACAGAGACAGGCAUUCACCAAAGGAAACGGAGGUCCAAGAGCUUCCAGUGUGGGGAUGGCGACGCCGAAUGGAGGAAGCACAAGGAUCACGAGAGGAACAAAAUCUGCCUCAGCGAGCUCAAAGCCAACAACCUCCAGGGCAACCACAUCUCUGCCCCCAGCAUGGAGAGCAUCUACUCGGUGGAGGGGACAUGUCCUCCGGUGGAGAACUACAGAUCCUGGCCCCCGGAGGACAUCAUGCUGAGGGGAAGACGCAGGGGCCGCCGCCCCUCAUUCCUGAAAGCCACAUGGGGCAGCGAGCAGAUCCACCAGCUCGACGAGUCCCAGUCAUCUCUUUCCAGUCAGUCGCCAUCCACACUUCCUGAUCUGUUCCCAUGCAUCCUCACGCCGACCACAGCUGUAAAGGCCCACAACCCGGCCCACCUCCGGAACAACCUGUGCCUCCCGCGAAACCAGGCCUACCUCCACAUAAGGGAGGAUCACAGGAGACACGCUGGGCGUAAAGGUCAACGGCUGAGGUAUUCUCAGUCUACCCAUCUCCCGACAUAUGGCGAGGCUGUGCGGUACGGUGCUGGGUUAGGGCCAGGAAUGGUACGGAGAGCCACCAGCCUGCUCAGCAGACAAUACGCCCACUACUUGAACUCCUAUCCUGGGCUACCACUCUACCACUCGCCCCUCGACCUGAAAAAACACAACCAAGCCCCAGGCAGUCACCCAGCAGCCAGCCCCGUGUGCCAGCUCCUGGCCUGUGGUGGGGGACGAUGCAGGGGUCAGCGGGCCUUGCUGUACCAGGACAGCGUAUACGGAGCUUAUGGGAUCUAUCAGAGCUCCCACACUGAAUUGGAGACUCAAGGAAGUCAGGGAGGAGUCAGCCAGGCAGCGGGGAGCCCCUGCGUGCUCCGGCCCUGGAAACGGGUGUCCAGUUUGGAGUCGGAGGUGUGACCCAUAGAGACCACUAAGGAGAAUUUACAAAUGACCACUGUGGAGAAGGUUGGCUCGUCUGAUUUUUGGGGAGAUCUUGUGUUAAAAUGGAUGUGAAAAUGUGCACUCUUUACCCUCAAGAACACCGUUAAAAGUGAGCAAGUCGGAUCUUCUUGCUUGUGCAUUUUGUGAGCACCGAAUUGUCUGUGGUGUCGCCACCUGGGCAAAGUUUAAUCAGAGUAGUCAUGCUGUGAUUUUCGUGGUGUACAUAGUUUACUGUGGAUGAGAUUCAGACUCUGGUGUCGUGUCACUAGCUGUGAGGCGAUAGCGGUGGAGAUUAAAGGAUCAAAUCUUUCCAAACUGUCACCAAAAACAAAACGAAACACAAAGCAGCCACUGUAGCAACCCAUCAUGAAAGAAUGCACACGUGAGGAGUUAAGAAAAUUUUGACACUGCAGCGCUUUGCGAAUAUGACAUAAUCAGUUUGAGACAUCUGCAAACAGACAUCAGGUAACUUUUAAAGCGGCUAUUUUUAUAACAAUGUAUUACUGUAUAUUAUUAUUGUCAAAGAAGAAGAAUCACACUGGUCUGUAGGCUUUGUUUAAGACUAUUGUUAGACGUUUUGAUAGUGUUUGUUGGUACGCUAGCUUGUUCGUUAGCAGGAUUACGCAAAAACUGCCUGUCAGAUAUCCACUAAACUUUGCAGAGGGGUGGUGAACGGGCCACAGAGGACAUUGUUAAACAUUUGGCGAAUUAAUUUUCCUAUUUCAUUCUCCAAUCUAAAAUGGUUAACACCUAACUGUAAUUGCUAUACUAACAUUAACCUCUAACCCUACCCUUCCUCCAUCUCAGCCCAAAACUAAACCCUAACACUUUUAAUUCUCCAAUCAGUCUAAAAAGGUCUUUGUCCAAAUUAAACUAAAUAUAAUAGUACAGUGGACCCCCGCUAUUUGCGGGGAUAGGGACCAGGCCCAACCAUGAAAAGGGAAAAUCUCUAUAUAAUUGACACUCAUUAUAAUAGCCCACAUUUUUAUUUUAUUGUUUUUCCUUGAAAAAAAUUAAAAAUCAGUUGCGGAUCUCGUCCAAAAACCGUAAAUAAGUGGGGGAUCAGCAAAAAAAUACCGCAAAUUAACGGGGAUCUCCGCGACUAACGGAUAGAUUUACCCACAAAAUACGGCAAUUGGUGAAUCUGUGAAUGCCGAACCACGAAUAUGCGGGGGUCCACUGUACAUCAUUACAUCAUCCUCGGUCAACCAGGAACUAACCUGCUAACAAGCAAACAUAGUGCAGCUCAGUCAGUCAUGGUUUGAUCUUUUCUGAUCCGUUGUAGCACAGCCUAGUUUUUGCGUGUUGCAGGUAGCCAUGCAAAUGUGUUGCCAGUAAGCCGCUAGCAAAUGACAUUACGACAAAUAGCAGCUACAUUACGACAUGUAGCAGCUAAAGGGCCCUGUAUUUCCCUCAGGGGUUGACAGAGACAAAAAAACAAAACAAAAAAAAAACAAAAAAACUAAGCCGAAGAGGGUUGGACACAAACUAACUAAAUAAAGCAACACUUUGCUGACUAAAGAUAACAUGAUGUAGCUUUACUGCCGCCACAAAAAAAAGGUUUUGAGCACAAAUCCAAGAAGAUGGUUUGUGAAUGCAGUCCACAUGAACACAAUCUGCAAGGAAGGUAUCUGGACAGCACUGACCAGCACAAGGUGUCUUAUUCAUUCAACCAUGGGCUCUUCACUAGGUCUCCUCAUGGAGCUACAAUACAGCACAGAGAACACACAAGGGCCUCACGAUACUUAAAAUAUUUAUUCAAAAAGUUAUAUUAGUAUGAAGAAAAUGUAUUAUUUGAGUGUCAUUCAUGUAAUCUACUUAGGAUAGGAAUUUAUAGUCACUCACAAAUUUUCUAAUCAUGUUUCUGGCACAUUGUGUAAAGUUAUUUGUUACUGUUGUACGAAUGCGCUCAAUUUCCCUAUUAGGAUUUUCAUCGCUCUCUUACACUCUUUUGUAUUCUCUCGGUGUCCCUGCUUUCUCCCGUCACUUCUAAUUGCUUUUUGAUCAAUUUUAAAUGAGGUGAUUGAAAGCUAUUAUACAACUAUAUUACCCAGCGCCCUCACCCUGUAAUUUAUCAC